AUGCAGAAAGUUCGACAAAGUCAUAAAGCAAGCAAGUCAAUAAAAUUAGAUCAAAUUAAAGUUCUUGAAGAUGAAACAGGAUAUUUGAUGACAUCAUCAUCAGAUCCUUCUCGGCAAUAUCACAUUCUUAAGGCCGGAGAAACAUGUGAGCAUGCAUCAUGUUUGAAAUGCAGGAAGUGCAAUAUCUGCAUCCAUUCGUAUCAUUGUGAUUGUUUAGAUAAUGUCAUCAGAGCGAAUAUUUGCAAGCACAUCCAUGCUUGUGCUCGAGAAUUCAAUGAAUCUGUUAAUGAUUGCGGGAUUAACUUCUAUCACGAACCGAACAUAGUAGAGCAGAAAAUGCUAUUAGAAAUGAAUGCAACACCUAUCAUUGUCAACGAAAACCGAAAAAUUCAGAGUCAAGCCGAACUUAUUCUGGGCCUGACCCAGAAUAAAUUUGAAGAACAGGAUCUGGAAAAAAUAGAAAAGAAAAUGGCAGAAGUGAUAGCUCUCAUGAAUGAUGCUGGUAAAAAAAUAAUUUGA